AGAUAGAACAGCUCCAAGGCUAAAAGCCGCUAAACGUAAAAUUAGAAGAAGAAAAAAAAAAAAAACUAAUAAAAGGGAAAUAGAGACAAGAUAGGCAUAGAGCUUCUUCUCUCGGAACCUCUCAUGGCAUCAUUGUCUGCUGCUGUUGCUUCUACUUCGAUUGCUGGUUCUGUUUCUUCGCGCGCUCUCUCUUCCCAUGAGCUCGUAAAAGUUCCGCAGAUCGGUUCCUUCCGACCGGCAGACCGAUAUGUGGUUCCAUCAACAAUGGUGAAUUAUUCCCACAGGCGAUGCUUGGUCGGGCCUGUUCGCGCCGAACCAAAACGGAGCGAUUUCAUCGUCCCUCUCGCGUCAACCAUCGUCGCUCCAGAGGUGUCACAGAAGGACGAAGAGGAUCAUGAAAAGGUGGACUACGAGCAAUUAGCCAAGGAUCUGGAGAACGCAUCUCCUCUUGAGAUUAUGGAUAAAGCCCUGGAGAAAUUCGGAAAUGAUAUCGCUAUUGCUUUCAGUGGAGCUGAGGAUGUGGCCUUGAUCGAGUAUGCCAAAUUGACGGGACGACCGUUCAGGGUGUUCAGCUUGGACACAGGAAGGCUCAACCCCGAGACGUACCGGUUCUUCGACACCGUCGAGAAGCAUUACGACAUACGCGUCGAGUACAUGUUCCCGGAUGCAGUGGAGGUGCAGGGUCUUGUCAGGAGCAAGGGGCUCUUCUCCUUCUACGAGGAUGGACACCAGGAGUGCUGCCGAGUGAGGAAGGUCAGGCCCCUCAGGAGGGCCCUCAAGGGGCUUCGUGCUUGGAUCACCGGGCAGCGCAAGGACCAAUCCCCUGGCACCCGAGCUGAGAUUCCCGUCGUUCAGGUGGAUCCAUCCUUUGAGGGGAUGGAUGGUGGGGUCGGCAGCAGCCUCAUUAAGUGGAACCCAUUGGCGAAUGUGGAAGGACGGGACGUGUGGAACUUCCUCCGGACCAUGAACGUGCCCAUUAACUCGCUGCACUCUCAGGGGUACAUCUCAAUUGGGUGUGAGCCAUGCACCAGGCCAGUGUUGCCGGGGCAGCACGAGAGGGAGGGAAGAUGGUGGUGGGAGGACGCCAAGGCUAAGGAGUGUGGCCUUCACAAGGGUAACAUCAAACAGGAAGUCGCUCCCCAGAACGCUAAUGGAAAUGGGGCUGCUGCCCCUGCCCACAGCAAUGGCGCUGCCACCGUAGCUGACAUCUUCAACUCCCAAAAUGUGGUCAACCUGAGUAGGACUGGGAUAGAGAACCUGGCCAGGUUGAAGGACAGAAGAGAGCCUUGGAUGGUUGUGCUUUAUGCGCCUUGGUGCCGCUUCUGCCAGGCGAUGGAGGGAUCAUAUGUGGAAUUGGCAGAGAAGCUGGCUGGAACAGGGGUUAAAGUAGGGAAGUUCACGGCAGAUGGGGAACAGAAGGAAUUUGCGAAGCAAGAGCUACAGCUGAGGAGCUUCCCCACUAUACUUUUCUUCCCCAAGCAUUCUUCUAGGCCGAUCAAGUACCUUUCUGAGAAGAGGGAUGUUGAUUCUUUGUUGGCCUUUGUCAAUGCUCUGCGGUGAUGGGACCAAAGCCACAGGAAUUAAAUAGGUUGAAUUUGUUAGAUACACAAUCUCGGCAGGAGAAAAGGAAGUUAGAAGUAAUCAGGUGAGACGAGCGUGGCGCAGAACGAAGGAGCUGUGCACACGAUAGCCGCUUCAAGGACCAAAAAGAUUUUUUGAUGUUAAUGUAUAUUAUUAUUUUUUUUCCUUUGUAGCAUACAGAUUUCUUCAUUUUCAUUUGGGUCAUUUGGGUGAUGGUAUUAAGAGUUCCCCUUCAGCUUCAGUUGCCCAUCUUUUCUCUCUGUAAUAUUUUAGAAGUUUCAGCUUUCAAGUGUUAAAUCAACAAAUGUUUUUCCUUUACUUUUUGCUCUGAAAAAAAUGGAUGGCAAUUACAAGCAAUUUUGGUAUUUUCUUCGUCA